UCAUUCUCUGCAUGCUAGUAGUGCUUGCAAGAAUACCAAAAGCAUGUUCUGAAUGUGUGGAAAUAGACAACUUUUAUGUUGCACUCCAGCCUGCCGGCUCUAUGACAGCAACUGAGGGAGAUAACCUACAUUUUGUUUGCUCUACAAAUCUCCCAGCUAACUAUGCUCGGUGGGAAAUCAACGAUGUAAAGUUCCCUGAUAAUCUUCCACCAGGCUUUUCCGCCAGUGGAUUCACCAUUGAAUUUAGCAUUGAAGAAACAGUCCAAAUUCGCUGUUUUAUCAGGGUUUCCAUAAGCGGAUCACUUGCUGAUGUAUGCAGCAAUACUGCUACUGCUGCUUUGGAGGGUGUGCCACUGCAAAGCCAUGGAAACACUGAUAAUACACAAACAGUCUCAAAUGCCACAUCUGGUGGCAACCUCAUUCAGGCAUCUGUUUGGCAGACUCUCACUAAUUCGAGCAUACCAUCAUCAUCAACAUUAAUAAAAUCAAGUAUGCUACAAUCACAAGUUCACAAUAAUACUAGAACAUCUCCUGGAUACCCAUUGCAUAAAAUAAACGAAUGUGUCCCUAUAGUUGGAGCUCCAACGGUAACAGCUGGAAGCACUUCUGCUGUUCCAGCUUCUCUUCCUGGAAAUUCUUCACUAAAAACAUUCAAAGUUUUAACAGCAGCAACAAGCAGUGUUGUACUGGUAGUAUCAAUCAUUGCUGCCGUGACUCUUUGGAUCUACCGUAAGACUAAUCAUGUCACAUAACAAUAAUAGUUUUUAACUAUGUAUCUCCCUUUAGGACAUCAACAUAAGAAAAAAGGUAUUGCAGUAAAAAGUGAAGACCAUUCUAAAUACUCUCAUUUCUAUUUUUUAAGGUCAAAAGCUUGACAAAGAAUACCAUGUGUAUGAGGAGGUGUCAUGUGAAUUGAGUACAAAUCAUUGCAAUCCAGCGACAAAAAUAAACCUUGAAGAUAAUCCUGCCUAUAUGUCCACCAAAAAGCCAUCACUCCCUCCAGCAGAGCCUGCGUUAGAUGGAACUACCUAUAAAUGAAUUAUUAUGCCUCGUGUAUCACUACAGUGUGUUUCUUUCCAUGUAAUGUGUGUUGCAUGUAGUGAUGAGACACUUAGCAGUAACCAUAGGUAUAUGGUCUCUCUUUGUACUUCUAUUGCGUCUGUCAGUUAAACAUGGAUUUUAAUU